UAAAUAGGCGAUCUCACUCUCCUCUAAUCACACCUCUCUUCAACAAUCCUCCAGUGCUCACGUGCAGCCAGGGAAGAAAGCAAGUUUCAAAAUGAAAUUUAUCGUGCUUGCUGCCUGCAUCCUUGGGAUGGCCAUCUCUGCUCCUCUGCAGAUAUUCGAGGAGUUCGACAUCCAUUACGCUCCACCUCAGGCAGCCCAGGUUAUCCCUGCUGGAGUCCCACUUGACAAUCUGGAAGUUUUGCUCCCUGUUGAUGCCCAAAGACAACCUCUUGGAGGACCUGUCCACGGCUUCAUCAAGCAGGAGAUUCCAAAUCCGAAUGGCAUAGGUACCAAGGAGGUGUUCUACCCCUUCGGUUUCAACCUGCCUAAUCCAGCUGCAGCUGACCCAGCUGCAGCUGCUCCAGCUGCCCCAGCUGCUCCAGCUGCCCCAGCUGCCCCUGUUGCUCUUGCUGAUCCUGCCAUUCCUGUGGAACCUCUGAAUCCUGUCGUCGUUGCACCUCCCCCACGUGGCAAGGAUGAUGAAGAUGACGAAGAUGAGUAAAACUGCUUAGUCAGCAGGAAAAACACACUCUUGGGCACACUCAGGUGACCAGAGGUGUAAGACUAUUUGCUUACUGUGGUGAAAAAUGACCAGCCAAUGCUAUUUUCUGUGGUGCUAUGCAUUUUUCAAAAUGGUGCUUUGUUUGGAAAAAGAAGAAUAAAGUCAAAAAGCAUAACACGCCUCUUAUGAAAAAAUGAUGGUGUGCAGUUAAAUAUGACCAAAAGUAAAUGUCUAAAUAAAGGUAGCAGCAUAUUGUUUCCUCUCUACAUGCAACAUCAAAUGUUUCAUUUCUGUGCUUCAUAAUAAAUGAAAAAGCUUAUUCAUC